AUGUCUGCCGAACGACGAUGGAACCAGAGGCGCUUCCACCUGGAAGAGUCGCUCACGCAGAACGGCGGCGCGCGCACCGUCUUCAUCGAGUACAUGACGCCCGGCACAACCGUCCCGCCGCACUACCACACCCGCUUCUCCGAGACCUUCGACCUGCUCGAGGGCUCCAUCACGGUCUACUCGUCGGCGCAGGCGCCGACCGCGGCAGGGGACGAGGGCGCCGACCUGGACCUCCUGGAGCGGUCCGCCCAGACGCUCAGGCCCGGGCAGGAGGCGCCGACAGUCCCGCCCGGGGCGUACCACAAGUACCUCGUGGGCGAGACGGACACGGUGCUGCGGGUGGUGGUCUCGCCGGGGGACGCCGGCUUCGAGAGGCUGCUGAUGAUCCAGAACGGGCUUGCCGAGGAUGGCGAGCUGGAUUCGAUGGGCGAUAGUGUGGUGCUGACGGCCGUGAUCAUGGGCUUGGCCGAUGCUCAUCUCCUCGGGCCGGCCAAGGCUAUGUUGGAUGGUGUCUAUGCGAGCCAGGGGCAGGAGAUUGAGGACUUGAAGGCACGGCUACUAUCCAAGUACGACAAUGAGGAAAACUUGAAGAAGCUGUUGGCGAAAGACUAG